AAGCUUUUUAUUGGAAUGUUAUCCAAGAAAUGUACGGAAAAUGACGUUCGCAUUAUGUUUUCUUCAUUUGGUAGUAUUGAAGAGUGCACAGUCUUGAGAGACGCUACAGGACAAAGCAAAGGUUGUGCUUUUGUAACCUACGCCACCAGGCAAUGUGCCAUCAAUGCUAUAAAAUCCAUGAACCAUUCACAAACAAUGGAGGGUUGCAAUAGCCCACUAGUGGUGAAAUUCGCUGACACGCAGAAAGACAAGGACCAAAAAAGACACUACCAGUUAAUGGCAAAUCUUAUGAAUAUGGCAAAUUUAGCGAAUUUAGGAGCUGUUGGUCCUCAAUACCUAACGGCUGCCUCACAACCAACUUUUAGUGCAUUUGCCAAUCUUCCUCAGGUUUCCAGUGGUCUUAGUUCCCUAAGUUUACAGCAGCAAAUAGCUGCAUUAGCUGCUGCCCAAGUGUCUGUGAAUACCAGCAGUUCAGGUCUUAAUUCGCUAAACCUACAAAGUUUAACAAGCCAGGGAGUCAGCCCAAGCAUUGGUUUGUCAAGUGCUGGUAAUAGUGCUUCAGAGCUAAAUAAUGCUAGCUUACAAAGUGUUGCUGCUCUAGUUGGCUUGGCCAAUACCUCGGGUUUAAAUCCAGUUGUGAUGCAGAAUCUUGCUGCUCUAGCUGCUGCUGGAAAUUCAGCCAAUUCAUCUGGUCUUAGCUUAUCUACUCCUGGUAACAACUCUAGUACAAGCUCAUCUCUGAGCGGUAUAAACUCUAUGAGCCCAGUUACAAGUAUGACUUUAGGACUGUCAAAUUCAUCUAUAGGAAACUUGUCUGGUGUAAACGGGAUCGGAAGCAAAUCUGCUAUUGCUGCAAAUGGAGCUUCACUGGAUGCUUUAACACAGGCAUAUUCAAGCAUACAGCCAUAUUCUGCUAUCCCAUUUGCCCAGAUAGGUCUUCAGUCACCAAGUCCAGCUGGAAAACAAAUAGAAGGUCCAGAAGGAGCUAAUUUAUUUAUAUAUCAUUUGCCACAAGAAUUCAAUGACGCUGACUUAGCCCAAACAUUUAUGCCAUUUGGCAAUGUUAUUUCUGCCAAAGUUUUCAUUGAUAAACAGACCAACCUUAGCAAAUGUUUCGGGUUUGUAAGUUAUGAUAACCCCAGCAGUGCACAAACUGCAAUCCAGGCUAUGAAUGGAUUCCAGAUUGGUAUGAAACGCCUAAAAGUACAGUUAAAACGCUCCAAAGACGCAAGCAAGCCUUAUUGAAUAUGGGACGUCAUAUUUCUUUUAUCCAUACACAUGAUGACUGCCUACUUGGUGACUUAUACGUGCCAUGCCGUUUGUUCUCCCGCUCUUAAGGCGUACAUCCGUCUCCCUGUCCUACUACUACCUGUCAUGUCGCCCUUGACCCUUGUGGUCUUCUGGCUCAGCAACGACAAUUUUAUUCAUUGGAAAUCCAAGGAACUACUUCCUUACUUCAGGUGUGCUAUAUAACCAUGCACUGUGUGAAAAAAAAGCACAAAAAAGAAAGAAAUUUUCAAGGCUUAAUAUUUUGCAGGGUGUCAUCGUUCUUAACCGUCCCUUGUACAGAGCUUGGCAUGUCAGAUUGGUGUGUUUAGUAUACCUUGAAUUGUGUUUCAAUUUUUUUUCUGUUUAUUUGUUUUAAUACAUUAUGGUUACCUUUUAAAAUAUUUCUUUGCUUUAUGUACUAAAAUUAGCAAGUAUUUGUCAUUAUUAAUUUUUUUCUGCUUUGCAAAGAUAUUUUGUCUCUAGCUUUGUUUGUGUUUACUAAUUAUCUGUAAAAGUGGUAACAAUUGUUGUAAUUGAUCAGUUUUGUAUUUGUACAACGUAACUGCUGUAACUUAGGGGUGCUUUAAUGAAAGCUAGUCUAUAACCAUUUUGAGAAGAUGGAUUAAAAAUUAUAAAAAUAAAAAGAGGGUUAUUGCAUAAUUUCCCUCGUAGACCAAAAGUAUUUAUUGACUGGACUGAGACCAUUUUAAGUGAACAGCCGGUAUUUAUCGUGCAAUAUAUUUUACCCGAUAACCUGUCCAUUCAAGCACUGAAUUCUAUCUAGUAUAUAAAAUGCAUAAUUCAUAAACGAACAUGAUAUAUAUUACCUAUUCUAGAUCUUUACCUUAUAUAUAUUUAUAUAUGCAUAUGUGUGUGUGCAUAUGUAUGUAUGUAUACAUAUAAGGUUGAGAAAACUGUUGAUAUUGUAAAACUUAGUAAAACAAAACUAACUGCCUUACAUGUUCAUUGUGAAGAGAAAUUGUCCUAAUUUUGGAAAUUUGAGAUAUGUAUGUAUUUAUUUGUCAUCUUUACACAGUUUUGUGUCUUAAUAGUUUUUUAGCAUCAUCAUUUAUGUAUCUUACAUGUAUUGUUGGUCAAAGUGGUCAGCAUUUCAUGUACAUUAAUGCCUUUUUCUGGCACAAAUCUUUUGUAGAAGAUCUUGUAAUAGUUCAAUGCACACACAAACAUUGUAUUAUGACACCACGAUUAUACUGAUUAUAUCAUCUUAAAAAAAAAAAAGAGUUUUUUUUACAUAAGCGUAAGCUCAAAUGUUGUAUAUUAAGAUAAGGAAUAAUAAAAUCUCAUCUGUAUUCCUCAUUACCCAAGUGCACAAUUCACUUUGCAUGUGCCAAAUAAUGAGAGUGCUUAGAGUUUAGGUGUUUUGCAAGUUGGCUGCUUUGACCUGAAAUUAUCUUGCUCUUGCAGUGUUAAGUUAUUUGACUUGGUGUUUCCCUGUAUAGAAAAAGUUUUUUUAUCACUUUUUAAAAAUUUGAGCUUGAAAAUUUUCAUAUUUUCAGGAAAUUUUAUUAAUAUGCCAGAAGCUAACCCUUUAAUAAAUCUUUAUUCAUUUUCUUGAAUGUGAUAUUUGCCAUUUCUUAGGGAUGGGAUGUACUCAUGUUCAGCCCAAGAAUUUGGCUUUGGGAGACAAUAUGUGUACCAUUUCACUGAUAGCAUAGUUGUGUAUAAUUCUUCUGUUCAUAUUUAAUUUCAUUUAUUGGAUAGUGCCAGUGCUUUUGCUUGAUUUCUCAAACUCUCUAAGGUGCUUUUAUAGGUGAAAUAAACUGUUUGAGUGAGCAUACAUUUUUCCCUUAAAUUUUUUACAAAUGUUCUGUGUGAGAUUUGUAACUGUCUGUGAACUCUUUCCUGGUUGGCAUUUUAUUUCAUUGUAAAUUGUGUUAAAGUGCUUAUAUGUUUCUUGCAUAAAUGUUACAUUGUGAUUUCAACUGUAUUAAAAAAGUGCUGAGAUUCGGAAA